AGUUCUCGGGGUCAGCAUUUGGUUGAAAUUGAGUGAAAUUAUGAGUAGCCCACCCCUUCACCUAACAAGACCCCCCUCCUGCUUCCUCCGUCUCAUCCCCACUCUAUUGAUGGGCUCGCCUGCAUCACACUGGAGACCCCGUUGAGAGGAUCUUUUCUCUCUAUAAAGAGAAGAUGCGGCUCGCGCGUCUGUGAGUUGUUCGCACUGGAUUUUUGCAGCGCGCACCUCUAACUUCAACUGGUUCAACUGACUGCGAACAGAAAAUACAUUUUUUUUUACACGGAACAUUUGAAUGAAACAGGAUUUCCCAGAGUCGGAGAGUUAAAAAUAAAUAAAUAAAUAAAUAAAAAAUCUUGAUGCGCCCAUUCUGCCGCAUCUCCAGCGAUAGUUUCAUAUUCCGUGCGUUAUUGGAGCAGUUUGUGCUGCAGGUGGGGAACAGGAGCGCGAGGACAGAUGGCUGCGCUCACGAUACAGAGGACUGACAACUUUUUACACACCUUCCUGCAGGACCGGACGCCCAGCUCCUCUCCGGAGGGAGCGCCCAACGCCCUCUCCUUCCUGGCCACCACCUGCAGCCAGGCCUGGCAGGUGGGCAGCACCAUGGGUUCGGAUGGGUCACAGUUUCCCUACGAAGGGACCGUCAGCUCCACAUCUGGAAUGUUCCAGCUAUGGAGCAACGACAUGGCCCCCAGCACUGCCCUCAGCACGCACCAGAUGACUUUCACGGUGCCCAAGGUGCAGUUUCCUGGGCACAUGCAGUCCGGCCUGGGUCACCACCAUCAUCAUCACCACCACCAUCCUCAUCAUCACCACCACGAGCUGCCUCUGACCCCACCGGCUGAACCUGCGUCCUCCUACUCCUUCGAACUGUCCCCUGUUAAGGUGCUGUCUUCGCAGCCGCAGUCCAGCAGCCCCUAUUACCCCCAACACAACGGCGUGGGGCAAAACUUCCCCAGCUUCCUGCAGAACUCCUCCGCCAGGCAUCACCUUUCGGGCGGCCACGUGGAGGACGGGCAGCAGUGGUGGAGCCUACCACAAACCAACAGCGCUCCAGGCAACCACCCCUUCUCCCUGGGCAGGCAGCUGGUUUUGGGUCACCAGCCGCAGAUAGCCGCUCUCCUCCAGGGCACCUCCAAGGGUUUGCUGAGCUCCACGCGCCGUUGCCGGCGAUGCAAAUGUCCGAACUGCCAGACGAACAGCGGGGGGCUGGAGUUCGGCAAGAAGAGACUGCACAUCUGCCACAUCCCGGAGUGCGGCAAAGUGUACAAGAAGACGUCCCACCUGAAGGCGCACCUGCGCUGGCACGCCGGGGAGAGGCCCUUCAUCUGCAAUUGGCUCUUCUGCGGCAAGAGCUUCACGCGCUCGGACGAGCUGCAGCGGCACCUCCGCACGCACACCGGGGAGAAGAGGUUCGGCUGCCAGCAGUGCGGCAAGAGGUUCAUGAGGAGCGACCACCUGUCCAAACACGUGAAAACCCACCAGAGCAGGAAGGGUCGGUCCGGGCAGCCCCCUCAGGGCACAGACCCAAUGCUCGCUAGUAUUAAGAGAGAGUGAUCUGCUUCAUACAGAUUAAAAUAAAGCAAAAAAUAAAUAAAUAAGUAAAAUCUAUAACUGUGGGAAUCACAUUUACUGCCAUAGAUUUGCACUACAGGGUAAGAGCUCCCUGAAUGUUACUCUUCCUCGUCAGAAUCCUGCUUUUGAACUAACCUGGACUCUUGUGAAAAGACUUUGGUUGAGUGAAAUUCUGAUUGUUUUUUGACCCUAAAGAUGAAGCUUUUGCAGUCAUAUAGCGAUAGUUCAGCGUGAAGGAUUAAAGAGCCUUUGAUAUUCAUUAUGUAAAUCUUAUUUAAAUUUCAACUGGUGUGAAAGUCUAUUUUUUCAGACUUCAUUGUGUAAAUAUUUGACUAUGUUAAACAGCUGAUGAUAGGGUUCUCUACCUUAAUAUGUGCUCUAAUGAAUUAAGUUGAAUUUAAAUGUAUGCCUUAGCUGAAAAACUGCAGUUAUCUCAGAAACUAUUGGGGGGGG